UUCGUCGAGCACGCGUUGGUCGAGACCCAUAAUUCUACCGUUCAAAAUCGAGUUUAACGUGAACGAACGUGUUUCGUUCGUCAGGGGAGAGAAAUAUUCAGAUAGAAGUUGAUAGAUUUGGGAUUGCCUGGUUCUUUAACUAGAGAAAGAGCAUCCCAUCAUCGAGCAAUCAACAACAAAAAGCAGAAUCCCGCGCGUAAUAGUCCAAUCAAAGCCCCAGCAACAACAACAACUUUGGUUAAUGAGACAAAUGUGCGCGCGUGAAAAGGCCUGAGACAAGCGCGCUACAAGUGGAAAUACAACUCGAGUUGCAACACAGCAUAACUAACGGGAAGUGGCAGCCACUCAACAAGUGUCGCCUCCGCCUGGGAUUAUCUAAUAAACCAAUACGCACCCCACCAAUAAUAACAGAUUAUAUACAUGCAAAGUACCAAAGAGCUGGAAUAAAUAUCAAAUUUAAAACAGUUUUGCGUGUGUGUUUGUGUGUGUGCCUGCAUGUGUGUGAAUCGAGCAACGAAAAGCACCAACAACAACAAGAGCGCCAGCAGCAGCAACAACACUACGGCAACGUCAACAACACGCAACUGCUGUGAGUGCGACGGAGACAGCAACAGCGUGAGUCAUAAAAGUGAAAUGAAAAUGCGGAUAAAGCGAGAAGCGCCGUGUCUUCUGUUAUUUAUGCCAAUCCAAAACACGAACAACAACAAUCGCAUUGGUGCUAAUCAGAAGGACUAUCCCAACAAGCGGUCCAGGGAGAAUCUGGCAUGUGACGAGCAGCAGCAGCAGCAAGUGACAUCGACGACGUCAUCGUCCACGGCAAUGAAUGGCGGCGGACGGACGCCGCCACUGAUGCGCAGCUGCUCCAGCCCAGCGGUCUAUGACAUUGAAACACAUCCCGCCUCGCCAGUCUUCCCACAUCUAUUGCUGGGCAAUGGCCGCGACGCCGUUGAUCCGAGCAGCGUGGGCGCCAACUGUGUGCUGAACGUUACCUGCCAAAGUCCCAGCGAGAGUCAUCUGCAGGGCCUCAAGUAUAUGCAAAUACCUGCCAGCGAUACGCCCCAUCAGAAUAUCAAGCAAUACUUCCAGGAGGCCUACGAUUUCAUUGAAGAGGCACGCAAAACGGGUUCCCGCGUCCUGCUGCACUGCCAUGCGGGCAUCUCGCGCAGUGCCACCAUCGCCAUUGCCUACGUCAUGCGGCAUAAGGCGCUCUCGCUGUUGGAGGCCUACAAGCUGGUGAAAGUGGCGCGACCCAUCAUCUCGCCCAACCUCAACUUCAUGGGCCAGCUGCUUGAGCUGGAGCAGAGCCUGCGCAAGAGCGGCGUGCUGGCACCAGCCUCGCCGCACAGCGCCCCCACAUCAGCCGGAUCACCGGCGGGAUCUCCGGUAUCCCAUUCUAGUCAACUGGUAGAGCAGCCCGAGCGAGAGCGGGAGGAGGAAGAGGAGCUGCAUCAGCAGCGCAAGUCCAAGUCCGACAGCGAGGCCAUGGACGAGGAUGUGUACGACUAUGACGACGUGGACAGCGGCGCCGGUAGCUUCGCGGGCAGCAACUGCUCAUCGCGACUCACCUCACCGCCCAUUACGCCGGACGAUGAGGCGCCUAGCACCUCGGCCGCGGCCGCAGUCUCCGAACUGGAUUCUCCCUGCUCCUCCAGCAGCAGCGGUAUCUGCUCCCUGCUAUCCACAGCAUCCGCCUGCUCCGCAUCAUCGUCAUCUGCCGCAUCGCCGACGCGGCAGCUGGCCCUCUUCAAGCGCAACUCCCCCGCAAAGCUCCGGCUCAAUCUUGAGUCCAGCUACGCGCCCCCGCUGUCGCUUUUACCAAAAUCCAUAUCCUGCCUAUCCGUUAACUUUGCCCCAGCCACGCCCAGCUGUAAGACACUGCCACAGCAGCAACUGGUCAUGCAGGAUGCUCCCAAGAACAAAAGCAGCAACAACAAUAAUGUGGCUUUGGCCGCGUCACGGGACUGAGAACCGGAGCCGUGCCGCCACCAAGCAGCUGUGAAAAAACUGAAAUUUAUGUGUAUACAUUUGGGUGAUGCAAAUUGGGUAUUCCUAUAUACCAACAUCCAUGGACGUGGAUCGGACAAGAGAACUGCGUCACGGCGCCUGGAGACUGGAACGUGUAAAUUUUUGAAUUUGAAUUGUACAUACACCGUACCUAAGGGAUGUCUGCUCCUGGGCCAGACGGAAUACCAAUUGGAUCGUCAGAUCGAAGACCGGAUCUGACGUCGAUUGAUACUGCUAAGAGCUUUUGUAAAUGUAUUUCAAAACACCCCAACCAACAAGAAACAAACUAUGUAAUCCAAAAGAACCAACUGGAAUUGAUGGACAGGGGAUCUGCUCUUGUGCAGAAACUAUCAUCAGUUGUUCAAGAGAAAAAUGAAAACCUCGUAUAUGUUAAUUAGUUUAAUUUAUAUAAUAAAAAGCUCCACCUAGACACUAAGCGAAUCUUAACUAUAUCUACACACACACACACACUUACAAUAUAAACUAUAUUAAAACUUCACGUAGAACAAUGAGAAUUGAAAACUAUAUUUCUGCUACCUUGCCACACAGACCCCAAAGCGUACACUUCCCAAACAACCAAAAACCAACCCACUUGGCCAUAUCCACAAGCGAGAAAAAUCUUAUCAAAACUGUUAUAAGUUUUAUCAAACAGCUAUAGCCACAACACACACACACACACAUACACCCCACAUAUAUUUAAUGAAUUCUGGAAGUGAGGAAAGUUUGUGUUUGUGUUUUCUAGUUUUAGUUAUUUAUGUAAACCAAGAGCGUGAGAUGAAUACAGUUUGAUUGAUUUGUAUUAGGUCGUAAGUCUUGUAGGCUAAGCUACACCCGAAAAGUGUGUUAGCCGUGUGUUAAGUAAACGGAAAUUAUAAACAUAACCAAA